UUGUGUAUACACUAUAGCUUGCCCGGCGGCUGAUUGAUGGUAAAUAUUUAGUGUUUUAUAAUUUUGGUGACCCGUGUUAUUUCGUUUAUAAUAAUUGUUAUUAUAAAAAUCGAUCUUUUUUGCGCUCCGAUUUCGAAGUGAUUAUAUUGUAAAUUUUCUUUUACACGCGUUUUAUGCGAAUAAUCGAAUAGUGGUGGUGAUCGAACACCGGCCAUUAAAAUGUCGCAGAGGCCAUUGAGAAAAGGUGGUGCGGCCAGAAACACUCCGCAACCAGAUGAGUCCACGACCAGCACUACCAAUAGCGAGAAGAGCAGGAGGACGGUGACAUUGAGCCCUACCAGGUUCAGCCGUAUUCAGGAGAAACACGAGCUACAGAAUUUGAACAACCGUUUAGCCGCUUACAUUGAUCGCGUUAAGUACUUGGAAGCCGAAAACUCAAAAUUGACCCAAGAGCUCCAUUCUUCAGAGGAAGUGACCACCCGGGAGGUGUCCAACGUUAAGGUAUUAUUUGAGUCUGAGCUUGAGGAUCUAAGAAAUGCAUUAGACCGUGAAGCUAAACAAAAGAGCCGCCUCGAGUUAGAGAAUAGGCGUAAAACUUUGGAAAUCGAAGAGCUCAAAACCAAACUUGAUAAAGCUUUGAAGGAAUUAAAAGAAGCUACACCAUAUGUAGCUCGAUUUAAUGAAUUAAAUUCUAAAUAUGGUCAAACUUUGAUUGACAAUAAGAAUUUAAAAGACGCUAAUAAGAAAUUGACCAAAGAAUUAACAAUAGAAAAGAAAAAUGUUAAGGAUGUACAAAAAACAUUAGAAGAAGAAAUUCUGCAAAGAGUUACAGCUGAAAACAAAUUACAAAGCUUGAAAGAAAAUUUCAAAUUUAAAGAAGAGGUUCAUAAACAACAACUCAAUGAUACAAGAACUAGCCGCCGUACAGAAGUUAUUACUGAAGUAGAUGGACGUUUAAUUAAAGAAUAUGAAGAUAAAUUACAAUCUGAAUUACAAACAUUACGACAACAAGCCGAAGAAGAUGUUAAACGAAACAAAAAAGAAAUUUCUGAUUUAUUUGAUAGCAAGUUUCAAAAUUUGGAAAAUGAAUUGCAACGCAAAAAAAAAGCUAUGGAAGCAGCUCAAGAAGAUAUCAAUGUGGCCAAUUCACGUGUUGCUGAAUUAACACAACAAAUAAAUGACUUAUUGUCUUCCAAUAAUGAUUACUUGAGGAAAAUUACUGAGUUAGAACGACUAAAAGAACUUCAAAGAACUAAAUAUAUAGCUGAAAUUCAAGGACUUGAUCAACAAUUAACAGCUAUGCAAGAUGAUAUGUCCCAGAAAGUACAAGAAUACCAAGAUUUAAUGGAUAUAAAAGUGGCGUUGGAUAUGGAAAUUAGUGCUUAUCGAAAAUUAUUAGAGAGUGAAGAGAGGAGAUUGAGUAUUACUCCAAAUUCAUCUGUAGUUGGCAGCCCAAGAGGAAAAAAAAGAAAAUUAUUUCAACGCGAUGAAACAGAGUAUGAAUUUUCUAAUGUUAUUACUGCUUCAUCAACUGGUGAUAUUGAAAUUUGUGAAGUAUGUCCAGAUGGCCAAUUUGUAAAAUUAUACAACAAAGGAUCAAAGGAAUUUGCAUUGAGUGGAUAUGAAUUAGUACGCACCACUGCAGAGCAAAAUGUUUCUACUGUGUUCAAGUUUCAUCGUUCAGUAAAACUAGGUGCUGGCAAUUGGUUAACUGUAUGGUCUUCUACUGCCAGUAAUCAAAUUCAUGAACCUAGUGCUGGUUCAAUUGUCAUGAACACUCAAGCUUGGGUUGUUGGUGAACUUAUGGCUACAAUACUUUUAAAUCCUGAGGGUCAAGAAGUAGCUACUCAUGAACUUAAAAAAGGGCAGGUUUCUCAUUCACGAGCCAAUGAAGGAUAUGGUGAUUAUGAAACAGAAUUGUUUCAUCAACCAGGCGAUCCUCAAAAUAACGACAAAUGUGUUAUCAUGUGAAGAUAUUUACUCAAUUUAUAAUUUUAGUAAUAAGAACGACCUUAAAAUAAAGAUAAAAAACACUUUAGUUAAUCAGAGUUUAUCACGUGUUAAUUAUUGAUUUUUAAUUGUCAUUAAUUUUUUUUAAAAGCCCAUUUUUUUUUUAUACUAAUAUUUAUUAUUAUUAUUUUACUUACUUUUAUUUUUACGUUUUUUUUUUUUUUGUAUUUUGCUUUAUACACCAUUAAAUGAUCCAUAAAAAAAAAAAAAACUACAGUAAAUAUUUUACUAAAUUACUGAUUAAAUUAAAAAUAAACAUGAAAUUGAAUUUCUGAUUGCAUUUUAAAUUGUGUGAAGUAAAAAAUAAAUAAUUUUGUGACCAUUUAUACAUACAUUAAAUUGUACUUAAUAAAAUAAUAUUUUUAUGAUAUUAAGUCCAAAGCUCAUUUUUGUGUUAAACUUUAC